UUUAUGAACUUGGAGCAAAUACUGCACAUUAUUGCAGAUUUUCAUAACUACCCCAUCUUCCUGUUAUUUGUACCAAGCCUAGCAUAAGCAGAAGUAACAAGGAAUUGCCUCAAAGCACUUUAUCCGUUUUUUCAAAAGGAAAAAGAAUAAUACACACUUUUGUAGUGGAGGCCAUAAUCACAUGUUUUACAGAAUAUUGCACUAAGUCUUGCCCCUCAGCCCAAGUUUAGACGACUAUACUAAUUAAUAAGACUUGGAAAAUACCAUUUUUGUUAGAAGAAUGGGGAGAAUUUACAUGAGGGACGAUAUUCAUUGGUUUAAAAUGAAAAAUCCACAAUACAACUAAAAGCCAAAAGUGUGAUGUAAAUGAAAAUUUUUCAUGGACUUGAUGUUAGCUCCUUCUAAUUGCUUUCUAUAAAUGCCUCGCCCUUGUUAGUUUUCACUUCAUAUCUCCAUCUUACAUUCUUCACAUCUGAUAUCCCAAAACAUUUUCACAAAAAAUAAAGAGCUCAUCACCAUGCUUAGUAACAGAAUCUCUCACUUUUGUGUGGCUACCAUUUUAUGCAUCCUUUUAUGUCAUGGAAGUUCGCAUGCAGAGAUGUGUGUGAAGACAGAAAAGCAAGCUCUUCUCAAGUUAAAGGAAGGUUUUGUUCAUGGAAUGAAGCUUCUAUCUUCCUGGAACGGUGAUGAUUGUUGCAGAUGGAAAGGAGUCUCAUGCAAUAAUUUAACAGGCCAUGUAACCUCACUUGAUCUUAGACUUUCAAAUUUUACAAUAGUUGAAGAUUUAAACUAUCUUGUAGACGCAAUGCCAAUGAUGGAGUUUUUCCGUGGCCCUACAGAAUUGGGAGGUAAUAUAGAUUCUUCAAUAUGUGAGCUGCAACAUCUCACUUUCUUAGAUCUCAGUCAUAAUUACUUACAGGGGGAAAUCCCAACAUGCAUUGGUUUACUUGGUCAACUGACACAGUUAAAACUUGCAUGGAAUGGUUUUAAUUCUGUUCCUUGUACUCUGUCAAAUCUUUCGAAUUUGCAAUAUCUUGAUCUUGGGAAAAAUGAUUUUGUUGUAAGUGACCUUGACUGGCUUUCUCACUUGUCUUCUUUGACAUACCUCGAUCUUUCAAAAAACAAUCUUGGUGCAGUUAUUGAUUGGCCAUCAUCAAUAAGUAAAAUCCCUUUUCUGUCUGAACUCUAUUUAAAUGAUUGCAGACUCACUCAAGUCAAUCCUAAAUCAAUCUCACAUCUCAAUUCUUCCACUUUCCUCCAAAUUCUCGGUCUAUCAGGAAAUAAUUUUGGCUCUUCAAUUAUGUCAUGGGUGGUGAAUGUUAGCAAAGUCCUCACAGUUCUUGAUCUCUCACAUAAUGAACUUGAUAAUGGCAUCAUAAAGUCCUUUAACACUUUGUGUCAUCUUAAGAAGUUGUACCUUGGGUUCAAUAAAUUGUCUGAUCAACUCAGUGGUUACUUACCAGAAUUUUGUUCUGCAAAGGAUUUAGAGGUGUUGAAUCUCGACCACAACCCCUUUAGUAAUGGGUCACUUCCUGAUUUUUCAUUGUGUUUGUCCUUGGAAAGACUAUCACUUCAAAACACUAGUAUUGUUGGGCCAUUAUCAUUUGGCCACUUGCCUCAUCUUAAAGCUUUGGAUCUUAGUUUAAACGGUUUGAAUGGAUCAUUGCCUGUAUUCGAGGACACUAAAUUUGCCUACUUGGUUUUUUUGGAUCUUUCACACAACAAAUUGAGUGGGACACUUCCAUAUACUAUUGGACAACUUUCUAAUCUCUGGUUUUUAUCCAUUUCCUCAAAUGAGUUGAAAGGGAACAUUAGUGAAAAACAUAUAUUAAACCUAUCUGGAUUGAAGAUAUUUGAUGUAAGUAAAAAUUCUCUUUCAUUUAACUUGGAUUCAGAUUGGGUUCCACCUUUCCAGUUAGUGGCAUUAUAUGCAUCAUCAUGCAAUUUGGGGCCUCAAUUUCCAAUGUGGCUUAAACAACAAAGGAAACUUCAGGUGUUGCAAAUCUCUAAUACGUACAUUAUGGAUUCAUUUCCUGAAUGGUUUGGGGACAUAUCAUCAAGUUUGUUAUACAUAAAUGUUUCCCAUAAUAAUCUUCGUGGAAUAUUACCAAAAUCAUUAUCAGGUAUUAAAACAGGACUUAUAAGUACAUGGGAUUUUAGUUUCAACCAUCUAUCUGGUCCAUUGCCUUCUUUUCCUCUAAAAGUAUAUGAACUCUUUCUCUCAAAUAAUAUGUUCACAGGGUUUGUAUCUUCCUUCUGUGAAACAUCCUCAAUGUCUGUGACUUAUCUUGACUUGUCUAGUAAUGCACUCACAGGCCUCCUUCCAAAUUGUUGGCAGAAUUUUCCAAGUUUGGAAGUUCUGAAUUUGGCAAAUAACAGUUUAUCAGGGAGAGUGUCAGAGUCAUUUGGCAAUUUACAAAAUAUUUUAUCGAUGCAUCUAAAUAAUAAUAACUUCUCUGGUGAGGUUCCAUCUCUGACUCUUUGCAAAAGAAGUUUAAGAUUCAUUGAUUUUGGAGAUAAUAAUCUUGAAGGAACAUUAGAAUGGUUAGACUUUGAUCAUUUGAUUGUAUUGCGUCUACGAGGUAAUAGGAUCCGAGGAAGCAUACCUACCAGUCUAUGUAAUAUGUUAUCUCUUAAAGUAUUGGAUCUCUCAUCAAACAACAUUACAGGGGAAAUACCACAAUGCAUUGGUCACAUAAGUGCGAUGUCAGAUACAGAAAUUCAACGAGACACCAUUUUCUACGGAACAUCUGCACCUUUAAUAUUCCAUGAUAGUGGAAUUGGUUUUUUCUUUGAUAGAAUAUCAUUGACAUGGAAAGGAAGAAACUAUGAAAUGGGAAGAGCUCUUGGAUAUAUAAAAUCUAUUGAUAUUUCUAAUAACAACUUAACUGGAGAGAUACCGGAAAGUAUAACAUCACUAGUAGCUUUAGCCACCUUAAAUCUUUCAAGAAAUAAUCUUAUAGGACUAAUUCCCGACAACAUUGGUCGUUUGAAGAGCUUAGAAUCAAUUGACUUGUCAAGAAACCAUUUUCAUGGUAGAAUUCCAAUAAGCUUUUCAAAUUUGAAUUUUGUGGGUUAUAUGAACUUGUCUUUCAACAACUUCUCAGGAAUGAUUCCGCUAGGCACCCAACUACAAAGCUUUGAUGUAUCUUGUUAUGUUGGAAACAUUGGGCUUUGUGGCUUACCACUCAAAAACCGAUGCCCAGAUGUGAUUCCACCAAGAGGAAACCAAUGCCAAGAUGUGAUUCCACCUAGAGGAAGAAUAAUUCACAAAAAUGAAGAUAAAUUCUUAAGUUUUGAGUUUUAUCUAAGCAUGGGGUUGGGAUUUGGUGUUGGAUUUUGGGGUGUUUGUGGAACUUUAAUAGUAAAAUCUUCAUGGAGACGUGCUUAUUUUCACUUGUUCAUCAACGUGAUCGAUUGGAUGUAUGUGAGAAUUGUUGUCUUUACGGCCAGAAUGAAAAGAAGAUUCCAAAUUCAAGACCCGAAGGAAAACUUAUGGUGAGAGUGAUCUGAUGCAAUCUUUUGAAUAAUUUGAAGAAGGACAUCAAAUUCCAUUUCGAGCUAUAAUAAGUUAAUUUUUAGUAGUAGCACUUCGUUUUAUUGUUUGUCCUGUUUUGUUUUUGUUAUUAUUUAUGUGGUUAAAACAUUUUUAAAGUAGUAUGUUUUGUUAUUUGAUGUUAAAGAGAAAAGAAAUAUGGGUUAUUUCAGUACUGAAUUCUUAAUAAUAUAGCUUGUAUGGAAAAUAUGACCUACUGAAUGAAAUAUUGAUGGAGCAGCACAAGGCAUGUAAUGUAGCAGAGGGGAAGUGUGGACAGUAAA